AUGCUUCAACCCACCUACAUCACCGGUGAGAUUGCAUCGGAAAGCAUGGACUACAAGCAUUUCAGCCACCCCCACAACUUAAUCAUCCACCGUGUUUAUGAAUUAGGCCAACAAGUCAACUGCUCCGGCUGCGACUCCUCCUGUGACAACACUACAACCGCCGUCCACGCCUGUCACCAAUGCAACUUCUUCCUCCAUGACCACUGUGCCAACGCCGGCCGUUAUGUAAAACACCCAUCUCACCAACCCCACCCACUCAUCCUCCUCCCUCACCCUACCUACGCCGGCGGCUCCUUCAUCUGCAACGCCUGUGGUCAUCCCGGGAAAUCCUUCUCCUACUGCUGCACCCUAUGCGAGUUUGAUCUUCACGUCGGCUGUGCUUUCUUGCCUGUCACCGUAACUCACCAAGCCCACCAACAUGAACUUAGUCUUUUCUAUGGCGUUCCGGUGGUUCCCCGGAGGGGAAGUAACACCGAUCUUGAAUAUUGUAACAUAUGUAGGAAGGUCUUGGAGGGAAGGCACUGGGCAUACAGUUGUCAGAAGUGUGAGUUUAACUUGCACACUGCUUGUGCCACCACGGAGGUGGUGCCAGGGUUGUACCAUGAUGAUUCGCCAGCCUGUGGAGCGGCUGAGGGAAAGAGCUCGGUGGCAGAUGGUGGCGGAGGAGGUGGGAACGUAGUUGAGGUGGAAUUGACCGAGGAGGAUCUUAUCCAGUUGUAUAGGUUGCAGAUGCUUGCACAAAGCAUGGCUUCAUUGUCUACUACUGGAUGA